UACACCUUUUGGUACGUCAGUCACUUCAUAACAAGGAAUUUAUAAGGGACUCGCUCGAAUUCUGUGCUAUAUGAAUAUUUUCUUUUCAAGCCAAUUAUGCUUUUCUCCACUUCCUUUAUUCCUCAUGACUUUUAAAUUUCUUCUUAUGGACUUUUACACCUGCAUCACCCUAGAACACUUUUAUUUCAUUGAUCUGGCACGCACAGCUGGUUAAAUAUACCUGCUACGAAGAACCUGCAUUUAAUGCAGACCAUGAACAUUGUCGUGAGUCUCUAGCAAGGUACAAUAAUCAAGGCUAUUAGCUAAUAUUUUUUUAUAAAGGUCAUAAUCUUUAAUUUCUACAUAAUGAUUUAGAUAAAAUAAUAUUGUAAAAGUGCAUAUGCAUACACGUACAGAAGAACCUCGUGUGUGAAACCAGUUAUUCAGACUAAAUUGAACUGUAAAUGAGCAUAUGGAAAUUCACAAAGGACAGAAACUUCAUGUGUGUGAAGUAUGUAACAAGUCAUUUAAUCAAAAGAGUAAUUUUAACAAGCAUAUGCAUACUCACACAGAAGAGGAACCUUACGUGUGUGAAGUGUGUAACAAGUCAUUUAGUCAAAUAAGUAGUUUAAGGAUACAUAUGUUUAUUCACACAGGAGAGAAUCCUCUUCCCUGUGAAGUAUGCAACUAUCCAUUUAGUCGAAAGGAUAGUUUAAACAAUCAUAUGCAUAUUCACUCUCGAGACAAACCUCAUGUGUGUGAGGUACGUAACAAGUCAUUUAAAGAAAAAAGUGCUUUAAACAAACAUGUGCUUAUUCACGAUGGAGAAAAACGUUAUCAGUGUCAAGUAUGUAAUAAAUUAUUUAAAAUGAAAAAGAUUUUAAACAAGCAUAUGCUUGUGCACACAGGAGAGAAACCUGAAGUGUGCGAAGUAUGUAACAAAUCCUUUCGACAUAAAAGUUGUUUAAAGAGACAUAUGGUUAUUCACACAGGAGAGAAACCAUAUCAGUGUAAAGUAUGUAAUAUAUCAUAUAAAUAUAAAAACAAUUUAAACAUGCACAUGCUUAUUCACACAGGAGAAAAAAAUCAUGUGUGUGAAGUAUGUAACAAAUCAUUUGGUCGAAAGAGUAGUUUAAACAAGCAUGUGCUUAUUCACACAGGAGAUACAUCUCAUGUGUGUGAAGUAUGUAACAGGUUAUUUAGUCGAAAGGAUAGUUUAAACAUUCAUAUGCGUAUUCACACAGGAGCAAAACCACAUAUCUGUGAAAUAUGUAAUAAAUCUUUUACUCAUGGCAGUACUUUAAAGGAGCAUAUCCAUAUUCACUUUAGAGAUAAACCAUAUGUGUGUGAAGUAUGUAAUAAAUCAUUUAAUCAGAAAACCGGUUUAAACAGGCAUGUGCUUAUUCAUACAGGAGAGAAACCAUAUGUAUGUGAAAUGUGUAAUAAGUCAUUUAAUCAAAGGACUAGUUUAAAAGAGCAUUUCCUUAUUCACACGGGAGAGAAACCACAUGUGUGUGACAUAUGUAAUAAGUCAUUUAAUCAAAAAGGUAGUUUAAAGGAGCAUAUGCGUAUUCACUCGGGAGAGAAACCUCAUGCAUGUAAAGUUUGCAAUAAGUUAUUUAGGCAGAGGGGUAAUUUAAAUAAGCAUAUGCUCAUUCACACAGAAGAAGAAUCUUAUCUGUGUUAGUUAUUAGAGCUUAUGCACAUUCAUACAGAAGAAAAACUCAUAAAGUUAAAAUAUAGAAUACUAGAAAGUGAUUGAAAUAAGAAUUGGAGAGUGUAGGAGAGAAAUUGCAGUAGUUAUGUGUAUAACAAGUCAUUUGGAUAGAUGAGGAAUCUGAAGAAAUAUGUUUAUCUGCACAGAAUAUAAGGCUGUUGUUUCUUGAGGAAGAGUUAGGUUAGUUAGAACCUUUAGUUAUCUGUAUAGUAUUUAGUACUUUUUCAUGCUGCAAGGAAAUCAUAUGAGCUAUAUAAUUACAAUUUGAUCAAAAUGCUUAAAUCAUGAGCAUGCACAUAAUGUUUAUUUGACCACACUAGCAUAAAAAAGAAAUUUAUGAACAAUAUCAUAGCUUUUCAGUGUGUAAAAAAUGUUAUAAUUUAUCAGAAAACAGUAACAUUUUAUAUGAAUGAAUUUUUAUAACAUAUUUAUGGAAUUUAUUUUUAGUCCAAAGGGGCAUUAGACCCAAAGGGCUAUUAGUCUCAAAAUGG